GAUCAGAACGACUUUGGAGCGCGUCGCGCGCGGUUGUUGAAUAUUUGUGUGUGUUAACUCUGAAGUUUCGAAUUCGUUUGCGGUACAAACUUUUACUGGAUCAGCGAACUUCGUUUUUAUACUGUGAAGUGAAACACUUGUGAAUCGAAACAAACUACAAAAAAAAACAUGUCGAAUUUCUGGAAGUCGCUCACACGUCGUAAAACAGACGAUGUCAAUGAAGGAGAAUCGAAGCUGGCUCGAGUGCUGAAUCUCUUCGAUUUGACGGCACUCGGAGUUGGCAGCACUUUGGGUCUAGGUGUCUAUGUGUUGGCUGGUCAAGUGGCCUACAAUAUUGCGGGUCCUGCGGUGACGAUUUCGUUUCUGAUCGCAGCCAUCGCAUCGGCAUUUGCGGGCAUUUGUUAUGCGGAAUUUGCGGCUCGAGUGCCAAAAGCGGGCAGCGCUUAUGUUUACAGUUAUGUGACCAUUGGCGAGUUUGUGGCCUUUACCAUUGGCUGGAAUCUGAUAUUGGAGUAUGUCAUUGGCACAGCCUCGGUGGCGAGGGGAUUGAGCGGUUACUUUGACUCGCUGAUUGACAACAACAUGUCGAAGGCGCUGAAUGAAUCGAUGCACAUCGAUGUCAGUUUCCUUGGCGAUUAUCCUGAUUUUCUAUCCUUUGGCAUGGUGUUGCUGCUGGCUGCGCUUCUGGCUUUUGGUGCCAAGGAGUCGAGUUUUCUGAACAACAUCUUCACGUGCGUCAAUCUGGUGACCAUUGGCAUUGUCUUGGUGGCCGGUGGCAUGAAUGCUAAUGUGGACAACUGGCGUCUGCCCGUUUCUGGCGGAGAGCCGAUACCCGACGGCUUUGGCACUGGAGGCUUUAUGCCCUUCGGCAUUGCUGGUGUCAUGGCUGGUGCUGCCAAGUGUUUCUACGGCUUCGUGGGCUUCGAUUGUAUUGCCACCACAGGCGAGGAGGCAAUUAAUCCCAAGCGCAACAUUCCUCUGGCCAUUGUCGUCUCGCUGAUCAUCAUCUUCUUGGCGUACUUUGGUGUCUCCACGGUGCUCACGAUGAUGUUGCCCUAUUACCUGCAGGAUCCCGAUGCACCCUUCCCCAAGGCCUUUGAUGCCGUGGAAUGGUAUACCAUCAAAUGGAUUGUCACCAUCGGAGCUGUGUUUGCGCUCUGCACCAGCUUGUUGGGCGCCAUGUUCCCACUGCCACGUAUCCUCUAUGCCAUGGGCAACGAUGGCAUUCUCUUCAAGCGUCUGGCUAAUGUGCAUCCUUAUACGAAGACUCCUCUCUUAGCCACCAUUGUCUCUGGCAUUUUCGCUGCCAUCAUGGCUAUGUUGUUCAAUCUGGAUCAAUUGGUUGACAUGAUGUCCAUUGGCACACUCUUGGCUUAUACCAUUGUGGCCAUUUGUGUGUUGGUGCUGCGCUAUCAGGAUGAGCAGAUGACGCGACUCGUUUCGGUGCGUGCUCCGAAUGUGUUCCGCCAGCUGUUUUGCAACUCGUAUCGGGAGCCAAAUACAAUGACAUCGGCCAUCACAAAGAUUGGCAUCGUGGUGUUUGCCGUCUUCGCCAUCAUUUGGUGUAUCUUCAUGAAGGUCUUCGAAAUUGAGGCCACCAGUGGCAUCGUCUCACUCAGCAUCGUCGGACUGCUGCUCAUCAUCAUCUGUAUUGUGAUUGGACUGCAGCCUGUAUCCACCAUUGAGCUGACGUUCAAGGUUCCUCUGGUGCCAUUUGUGCCCUGUCUGAGUGUCUUUGUCAACCUGUACCUGAUGUUCCAGCUGGAUUUGUUCACGUGGAUACGUUUCCUCAUCUGGAUUGCCAUCGGUUAUAUCAUCUACUUUGCAUAUGGCAUUCGUCAUUCCACGCAAAUCACAAGGAAUCGCAAUCAUGCCGAGAUCGCUGCCAAUACCAUGCAGCGACCGGGAUCCUCAGCGGAUUAUCCUCAGCAACAUGAGAAUCGCGCCUUCGAACCCGACUGGAAGGUGGAGAAUGGCAAUGCCCAUGGCAAUGGUAAUGGCAAUAGCAAUGGUAAUGGCAAGGCUUUGUACCCCUCCCAUGAGUACUCUGAGAAGCUCUAAAAAGAGCGCAGAGAGUGGUGCUCGAAACGAACGUGGAGAAAAAAGUAUUAUAAGUUGCCUUGUUAGAGUUGAGCUCGGUUUAGAGGUGAAGAAGAACUAAGAUUAUUUCUAGGGGUUUCAGUUUACACGUUCGCUAAUUGCUGAGCAAAAUAGGAAUUAAUCUAAUAACAUUUAAUUUAUGUAUUUAGGAUUUAGUGUAUCUUGAAAAAGUGUUCGAUUUUAGCAUUUUCUCCAUUUGCACUUUUGCCAAAUUUUAACUCUUUUAAAAGCAAUGUAAACUGAAAAUCCUAGAAAUACUGUCAGUUCUUUGACUGCUCUGAGCUGAGCUUAAGUAAUAUUUACACACACACCCCCCCACACACUUAUCUUGCUAGUUACUUCGUCUAGUACUUGUAUCUUACUCGUUGACAUUUUUAUUUUGAGUUUAGCUGGCAUGUGUUUGUGAGAGAGAUGAAUAGAUUGCGCAUAAAAAUUAAAUGACAUCCUCCCUUCGGAUUUCGUUAUUUUUAUGCGCCAGAAAUUUAGACACACAGAGACUUUCUAAGAUCGCUCAAUGCAGACUUAAUAUUAUGAUUUUUUAUAUUCACUUUGAUUUUUGUCAACUUUUGAUUUUAUUCAUUUUAAUUGCUGCCUUCAAUUUUCAAUGUACAUAAUGCCCCAAAUUUUGUUGUGAUAUUUGUAAAUAUAUGUGUAUGUAUAUAGGGCUUUAAUUAUUAUAUAUUAUACUAUAUAUGUAUAUAUGUAUCUUUGUCACAAUUCUUGUUGUCGUUAUGUGAAUGCAAUUUGUAUCAUAUUAAUAUGUGUAUUAUGUAAUGUCAAUUGUACAAUCCUAAGUUAGCUCUACAAUUUAAGUUAUUUAGCUCAUAAGUCCACAAAACAAAUCCAUUCCAGAAACAAAACAAAAAAACGAAUUUGCCACCCCAAUAAAAUAAUUAUAUAAUUUGUAUAAAUAAAUGAAAUGUUGUACAUCAAAAACAA